AUGAUCCAGGCUCACCAUCAUCUCAAUGCGCGCCGUCUCCGUCUCCGACUCCCCGCGAGUCGCCGCGUCCGCCUGCUCCUCCGCGGCCAGAACCUCGAAGCGCCGCCUCGCCGCCUCGCGCUCGCCUUCGCCGCCGUCCAUCCGCGCCACCACGCCGCUCACCAGCCCGUCGUUGCCGAACCGCCGCGCCCUGUGCACGCGUGGCACCGUGCCCAGGAAGUAAUUGUCCGUCAUGUACGCCAGCGCCGCCUGCUGCAGCGCCGCCUCCCCUUCCGAGGGUUCCAUCUUGGCCCUGGUCAGCUGCACGAUGCGCUGCUGCUCCGGACGCUUGCCAGCCUCCCCGGCCGCGGCCGGGACGCGGAUCGACUCAAACGGGCAGUCCGCGUCCACCCCGCUCGUCGACGCCGGCUGCCCUUUACGGAUCGCGGAUGCGGCGGACGCGGGACACUCGGGCUGGUGUCGCAGCGUGCGGGGGCCGCGCCCUCCGACGCGCCCAAAGUUGAGCACCGCGGAGAAGACGCACUUGCCGGCCUGCAGGCACCGCACGGAGCGCGUGACGAUGCUGGCGCCGUCGCGGAGCCGCUCGACGUGCGAGAGCAGCGGCUGGUCGGGGCGCACGGCGAGGAGGAAGUGGCAGUGCAUGGUGUCGGCGAGGAAGCCGGCAGGCACGGUGGCCUGCGCGGCGACGAGCACCUGGGCGAGGACGGCGCCGCCAAAGGCGCCCCGGCCCCAGAGCGGCUUGUAAAGCGGCGUCUUGUUGACGAAGACGUCGCGGCCGUGCUCCGGGGCGGCGCGGCAGGCGACGGCGCUCUCCAUGGGGGCCUUCAGUGA